AUGUCUGUCAAAAAGAACUAUGUUUGCUCUGCUCAAGCUGGCUGCAACAAAACAUUUACUAAAUAUACUGACCUCAAGAAACAUGAGGCCGCACAUUCACCCAAUGCUCACCUCUGUCGCUUUCCCGGCUGUGACUUUGCGACAUUGUGGAAGCCCAGCUUCGAAAUCCACUCCAACAAGCAUACUGGCGAUCAGCCUUACCGCUGUCCUCAUGGUUGUAGCUUUAAGACCCACAACCCUGCGGUACUGACGCGCCACCGUAAGGUAGCGCAUGGACAUAUUCCUUAUGCGCGUAACCAACGUAGCAGCGCUCAUACUGCUGCCCCAUCCGCAUCGCACAUGAAUCCAUCGACUUCAUCCCAGCCGCAGCUUCAGCCACAACCCCAGCCUCAGAUCCAACCCCAGCCCCCUCACCAAAACAACUAUAAUAAUAUGUUGGGAGCCUUUUACGGCGUGCACGCGAGGCCAAUCGUCAACGUGUGGCAGCCCCCUGUCCCAUUUUACACUUUACAAUAUCACCCCGCGGUAGGAUACUUUUAUGGCGCGGCAUACCCCCAGAACGGCUAUGCCGGACCUGCGAACGCUGCCAAUGGGUUGAAUGCGUGCUACAUGUACCCCGGAUUCAUGCCAAGACCCCCUUACCAGAUGCCGGGGCAUAAUCAAUUCGUAUUCGCGUGA